UUUAAAGUUACUUAAGUUAUUGGAAAGUAAGAAGAAUUUUUUUAAACAAACAUAUAAUUUACUCUAUCAACAUAAAAGUAUUUGUUUGUGAUCUGUUCGUUACCCCCAAAAGUAUUUGACUCAUGAAUUCUCAUUGGACGCAAUGUGUCUUAAAAUCAGACGCUGGCUUUUUGGGAAAUCAAGACAAAAGUCAACUUCCAAACAAAACAUGGCGACGGUUCUAACCGUUGAUACUAAACCUAGAUCAGCCUGGUCUAAUAACCAUGAUGAUUAUGAACUAUUAGAAGUAAUAGGUUAUGGGGCAACAGCUAUUGUUCAAGCUGCAAGGUAUAUUCCUCUGGAUGAAAAAGUAGCUAUCAAACGUAUUGAUUUAGAAAAAUGUGGUGCUGAUAUAGAUGAAAUGAGAAAAGAGAUUCAUACAAUGGGUCAAUGUAACCAUGAAAAUGUUGUUAAUUACUAUACUUCUUUCAUUGUAAAACAAGAAUUGUGGAUUGUUAUGAAGUUACUUGCAGGAGGAUCAGUGCUUGAUAUAUUAAAACAUCUAAUGAAAAGUGGUCAAAUUGACCCAUUGCAGGGUGUGCUUGAUGAAGUUGUUAUUGCCACUAUUUUGCGAGAAGUUUUAAAAGGGCUAGAAUAUUUUCACAAAAAUGGUCAUAUUCACAGGGAUGUGAAAGCAGGAAACAUUUUAUUGGGUGCUGAUGGCAGUGUUCAAUUAGCAGAUUUUGGAGUUAGCUCUACCACACAUGAUUUUUCUGAUCGUGGUCAUAGAAUGCGAAGCACAUUUGUGGGAACUCCUUGUUGGAUGGCUCCAGAAGUUAUGGAACAGGCAAGUGGAUACAAUCACAAAGUUGAUAUUUGGAGUUUUGGAAUAACUGCAAUUGAGUUAGCAACUGGUACAGCUCCGUAUGCUCAAUAUCCUGCUAUGAAGGUCUUAAUGCUUACGUUAGAAGGUGAUCCUCCAACAUUAGAAACGUGUACAGAUUCAAAAGAUGCUUACAAAAAAUACUCAAGACAGUUUCGUAAAAUGAUUGCAUCAUGCUUGGAGAAAGAUCCAUUGUCAAGACCUGAUGCAACAGAAUUGUUGAAGCAUUCUUUUUUUAAGAAAGCGAAGAAUAAAGAGUAUUUAAUACAGAAUCUUAUUGAAUUAGCACCAAGUCUUUCUGAGCGUGGUAAAAAGUUUAAGAGGAAACCUAAUUCAGGAAGAGCUUAUAAAAAUGCAGCUGGUGAAUGGGAGUUUGAAAUAGAUACUGACAAUCAAGAUGAGCACUCUAGUGAAGAAAAUUUAGUUGCUAUAGAGAACAAUAAUGAAAAUACUACAACUGAUGUAAUAUCUGCUGCUACCAGUGUGACUGGAUUGUCAGAUAUAAGAGAUUUAAAUGAUUCUCAGAUAUUAGUGGAAAAUCCUACAGAAUCUACUAUUUAUGAUUUAACUCUCAGACUGAGGAAUGCAGAGAAAGAACUAAAUGACAUACGCUUUGAAUUUAAUUUGAAAAAAGAUACUGUUGAAGGAGUUUCUCAAGAACUUAUGUCAGCGGGAUUAAUUGAUGGAAAAGAUUUACUAUUAGUUGGCGCCAAUUUGAACAAGAUGAUUACUAAUCCUCCAGAAAAUAAGCAGCUUGUUUUUGCCUUGAACUCAGACGAGUCAAACGAAAGAGAUGAAAAGCAAUUGAUAGGAUUUGCAAUGUUAUCUCUCCAUAAUUAAUACUUUUAGUUUUACUUGAGAAUUAUUAAUAAUUUGCUAUCGGAUUUAUUUUCUGUAUAGUAUAAAGAGAGUAUUUUAUAAAGUAUAUUUUUUUCUGUUUGUUACUUUUGUUGUUUGUUGUUUGUGGCUAUUAACUGUUUUUUUUAAUUAUUAUUAGUAAUUAUUGUUGUUAAAUGUUGUUUUCUAUUGGUAAUUAGUGUUUUUAUUAUUAACAAUUAUUUGUUUUAGUGCUAUAAUUAACUGCUGUUGCUUUUGUUACUAUUGUGACAAUCAAAACAAAAAAUGAAUUGCAUUUUAAUUGAUUUCAUAGAUUAGCGAAUUAUUGUUACAUUAUUAGUCUUGUAUAAAAUGAUAGUUAUAUGUAUUUAUUCGACAGUUUUUUCAUAUAAAGUGCUUCUAAGUUAUUUCAAGAUAGUUAUUGUAAAAUAAUUUUUUUGUUGUUGAGGGAAGAGGGGGGUCUGUUUGAAUUUUAUCUUUAAAUUUCUUAAUAUCAGAAAAUUUAUAAAAGCUGCUUUAUUAAGUUGACUUGUUUUUAUCUUUUAUUUUUGAUAAAAAUCCUCACUGAAAAGAGUUUAACAGUUUUGUUUUAUGAUAAUACUUCUUUUUGCUUUUUUUAUGUGUGAAUUUAAAAAAUAUAAUUUACUGUAUUUUCAAAGAAAUAUUUCUUUAUUUUUUUUCUAUUAUGUUACAUUUUUUAAAUAUAAUUUCUCGCUGUUCCUUUUUUUAUUUGGAACAGAGUUAUGACUUUUAUUCAUAUAUUUAUUGAUUUAUUAGAAAAGAGAAUUUUAUUAGGAA